AUGCUUGCUGUCACAGUUAUAAUGAUACCUGACGCCAGAGCAGCGACGGCGGUGGUUCUAUGCAUUGCGAGCGUAAACACAGGAGUGAUGGGAUUCAUGGCAUAUUGGGGCGUCAAUCUCGACAGUGUAUCUAUGAUUACGGUAAUUAUGUGCAUCGGAUUUGCAGUUGAUUUAUCCGCUCACAUCGCCUACGCUUAUUCACAAGCAUACGGAACAGCUCACGAGCGCGCAGUUUAUGCAUUGGAAACUCUUGGAUGGCCUGUAUUUUUGGGUGCUUCGUCGACGAUCUUGGGAAUAAUGGUUCUCACGCUGGUGGACUCCUAUAUUGUGCUGAUCUUCUUCAAAACAGUUUUUCUGGUUAUUUCGUUUUCGAUGCUGCAUGGCCUACUCUUCCUCCCAGUGCUACUCAUACUGAUUAUUCCAGAGACCAGAGUAAGUUUCAGAGCCCAUCCUGAGUCAAUUGUCUGA